AGCUCUGCUGGAGGGUCCACAGAGACCUGAGAGCCGACAGGCCUGAAGACAUGUGAUCCGGAACAGUUUAAGAUUAGGACCUGAACCUGUCAGCCACAUCAGUAAACUGGAAACCAGUUUCAUAAAUUCACCCCGUCCACAUGCUCGGUUUCCUCCCGUCCCGGGCUGAGUUUUAUUACGGGCCACAGACCAAACACCGUGAUGAUAAGAUAACUGGUUUUUAAUUGCCAUGAGUACACAACAACCUGAGGCGUAUGUAUUAACUAUCGUUUCAAAAUGCAUUUCUGCUGCAGUAAAAUCAUGAGAUGUAGAAAGUGUCUCGCGUUGGCCCGACGUUUGUGAAUUAACAGUGAAGAUAAAGUGCGGAGCUGACGCUUUUAUUGUGAAAGGCUCGCGCCGGAUGUGCUGCUGUGGCUGCGGCUCGCUCGGCUCCACAGAGUCAUAGCUGUGCCGUGCGGGCUCACGUCCUCAGGUGACACCGACAGCGAUGGCGCGUUUGAGUCUCUUCGUGCUGCUGUGGACUGGAAUGACGUCUGCAGGUGGAGCAGGUGGAGCAGAGCGAGUCGUCGUACCUGAAGGCGAUGAGGCUCUUCUACCCUGUUCCCUCAGCACCAAGGAGGACCUGACACAAAAGCUCUUUGACUGGAAGAAAGAUGGUCAGAAGGAGGUGUUCCUGUAUGAAGCAGGCAUUCAUUACAAUAACGGCCGUCAAGGUCAAGAUGGGCAGUUCAAAGGUCGCGUCUCCUAUUUUGAUGGAGAACUGAAGAACGGCAACGCCUCCAUAACCAUCAGAAAUACGAAGGUGGCUGACAGUGGAAACUACACCUGUGUUUUUCCACGUCAUCAGCCACGUCAAACGUUCUCCAUUGAGCUUGUUGUUGAUGGUGUGUUAAGAGACAGAUCCGGUGAAAUCUCAGGUGCUGCAAAGCCGUCUGUCACCAUCCGUAAAACGAAGGAUGGGUCACUGCUGCUGUGUGAAGUUCCCAAUGCUCAUCCAGAGCCAACAGUAAAGUGGCAGGACAGCAAUGGAAACAAACUUCCUGAUAAAGAACGAGAGGUCACAAAGAGUGGAGACCAUUUCAGUGUUAUCCUCCAAGCUGCUGUGACCAAAACCGACGACUAUCGCUGUGUUGUCACACAGAAUGGAAUCAGCCAUCAGACUGAGGCUGACAUUUAUGCUGUUUUCAACGGUGCAGCUCCAGAGCCAGGGGCCUCCACUGGAGGGAUUGUUGCAGGUGUUGCUCUUCUUUUCUUGUUGUUCUUCUAGUUUUCCGUCCAGUGCGGCUUUCUAGAAAACACAAUAAUGACAUGAAGUCCACCAUCAAAGAAAGAAGAAGAAGAAGAAAUGAACCAUCACUCCUAAUGUGAACAUAACAGUCGUGGAUGGAAAUGCACAUGAUUUCAUGUUUUCUUUUGUUGGUUUUCUGUAAAUCUGUUGAAGUCGUCACUGUGUUUAGGAGGAAACUUGAGUUCCACUUCAGGAUUUUCACUCCUGUCUGUUGGUUCGUCUGUUCUGAACAACAAAACCACACUCUGACUUUCAGACGAGGUCUGAUGAGACAUCGUUUGAACCUGUGAGUUUCUGAUGUGUCCCAGCGUUUAAAAAGCAGCCAAACUGAGAAGAAGUUUGACUGAAGAGUCCAAACACAAACGUGAACCAGGAUUUGUUUGUUUUACUUGCUUUGGGUCGCGUCCAACAGUCUUGUCCCGACAUCAGGACAUUGAAACUGAUGUUCUUUGCAGAAGAGUCUGAUGUUCAUGUGAACUUUGUGUCUGCUGACGAGGUUGGUUUUGUCACAGCAGGUUUUGAGUUGGUUUCAUUUCAUCAGCAGACAGAACAGAUUGAGUUUAAUGAGCAGUUCGUGUUGGAUUCUGAUGUGUGAUUUUAUUCUGCUUUUAAUGUCUCUGAGGACAUUCAGUGACGACUUCUCUUGUUCCUUCAUUUUAUCUUCUGCGUCUCGUUUUUACUGUCAUCAGCAAAGAUUUCUUUAAUUCCAGGCAGCAAAGACAAAAGAUAAAUUGUGGGAUGAAAGUAAAAGUAACACACAGCUGAGUUAAAGAGUUAAAAAGCAACCUGGUUAAGUUUUAUCAAAAUGCUGAAAGCAACGAUUAGUCAGCUGAAAGACUGAUUUUGAUAAUCGAUCGAUCGUUUUUGUGUCAAACGUUUUCUGGCUUCGGCUUCUUGAAUGUCACGAUUUGCUGCUUUUGUUUGUCUUCUGAAAGUAACUGAGGAGUCUUUGGGUUUUGGACAAAAGAAGCAACUUGAAGACGUCGCUUUCGUGAAAAUAAUCAGCAGAUUGAUCAAUAAUGGAAGGUUUCAGUCCUGUGUAAAACAUCAGUAAUUUCUCUAAGUGCUUCAGGAUUAAGGGACAAAAACAUGACAGACAAAAUCUCAAACUGCAGCACCGACAGGCAGCCAGUGAAGACGGGAAGAAACCGUUUUCUCCUCAGCUUGUUUAAAGUCCACGGCAGCAUUUCUGCUGAUCUGGAAACAGACUUUUGUGAGAUGAAAUCUCUUCAUGUUCCCUCAGGGUCUGUGGUUGUUGUGGUUGAUCCUCAGCUGAGGGAAACCAGACUGCACCAACGUGGUCAUUUUUCAAAUGAAAAGUUCAAAUUCCAAAAUCUCAGGGUCGGUGGUUGGAUCCCCGGCUCCUCGUGUCCACAUGCUGAGAACCAAAACGUUCCCGGUGGUCAAAGCAGCAGCCUGAAAGACAGGCAGAAGUGCUGUGGACAAACGGUCCAUUUCCCAAACAUCAACGCACUGCUGUCCCUGCUCAGAGUCCUCACUGAGACACACGAGACGUUACUGAACUGAAAUACAGUCCGACUUUGUUUUUACUUUUCUGUUUGUGUUGUUGCUUCUUUUUAUUUGCUAUGAUGCUGAUUCAGAGUCUGUCAGGUGCAGUUACACACUCAGCGGCCACUUUAUUAGGUACAGCUGGUUCAGAACUGUGGCAGCAUGGUGGUGCAGUGGUUAGCACUGUCGCCUCAUAGCAAGAGGGUUCCAGGUUCGAAUCCCGGUCUGGGCCCUUCUAUGUGGAGUUUGCAUGUUCUCCCUGUGCCUGCGUGGGUUUUCUCCGGGUUCUCCGGCUUCCUCCCACAAUACCAAAAACAUGCACAUUAGGUUCAUUGGCUACUCCAAUUAACCUUGUGUGAUUGACUGGCGACCAGUCCAGGGUGAACCCCGCCUCUCACCUGUAGUCAGCUGGGACUGACUACAGGUGACCCUGACGGAUAAGCGGUAUAGAAAAUGGCUGGAUGGAUCAGAACUGAAUAUUAAAUCCUUCCUGUUGGAUUAGACCAGUGCUUCUCAAUUAUUUUCUGUUACGCCCCCCUCCUAGCAAGAAGAAAACAAUUCGUGCCCCACCACCCACUCUCCGCCGCGACUAUAAAUAAUAGUAAUAAUAAUAUUAUUACAUAUUAUUAAUCCAGAAGGACUGGAUUAGACAGUGUUAAUGUCCCUAAUAAACUGGACACUGAGUCAUAUCUGAGCUUUAGCUGUAUGAAAGUUUGAAUAAAACCUGAAAAAAGUCAAA